UCAGAACAAAAAAUUUAUGUCAUCUGAAAACACUGCGAAAAAGAAAAAGAAUUAAGCAGCGCAAAGAAGAAAGACGAAGAAAACUCAACCCUCAAACUCAAACCCACCCAAGAAAACUCUCUUUCUCUCUCCUCCAAAUCCUUUAUUUUCUCUCUCUAACUCCAUCUCUUCAUCCUCUAGCUACUUCAUUUCUUCAGGAGGAGAAAAAUUGUUCGUCACUUCAAAUCAGUUUAAUCGGCGAAUUUCGAAUUGUUAGGGUUUUUCGAUUCUCUCUCCUCUUUUUGGUGGUUUUAUAAGCUUGAUUUUGAGCGAUGGAGCAUGCAAUUCUGAGAUUUUAGCUUCAAGAAAGGUUUAGCGGAAAAGGCUAGGGUUUUUGUUGAUUUUUUCGGCUGCAUUUCUUGUUCCUUGUUUUGCUGGUUUUGUGUUUGAGUGAGUGAAAUUUGGUUCGAUCUUUGGAUGGAUUCGCGAGAUUCAACUUCAUCGUCCCCGAUGAAUGUGGUUCGGGAAGGUGCGGAUGACGAUGGUGCUCUUUCAGUCACUGCUAUGCUCGCCAAAGAAGCUUUUAUGUUUUUUCAAUCUGAUAAGUUUUCGGAAUGUGUUGAUGUAUUGCAUCAAUUGUUGCAGAAGAAAGAAGGUGAUCCAAAGAUUCUGCAUAAUAUUUCGGUCUCAGAGUUUUUGCGUGAUGGAUGCUCAGAUCCAAAGAAAUUGGUUGAAGUCCUUGUCACUGUUAAGAGAAAGAGUGAAGACCUUGCACGCGCAUCCAGAGAGCAGUCAGAUGUUGCUGCUCAGGCUGCUAAUAAAGUCAUUACAGGAGCCAAAGGAACUAAUAAUUUGGCGAACAGUCCCAGUACAGUUUUCACUGAUGAAUUUGAUGCAUCUGUGGCGGCCCUAAACAUUGCAACUGUCUUAUUCCACCUUCAUGAGUAUUCAAAGGCAUUGUCAGUUUUGGAGCCACUGUUUCAGAAUAUUGAACCCAUAGAUGAGACUACAGCUCUUCAUGUUUGCCUCUUGCUGCUGGAUGUUGCCUUAGUGACUCAAGAAGCUUCUAAAUUUUCAGAUGUAAUAAGUUAUCUUGAAAAGGCGUUUGGAGUAAGUUAUAUGCUCAACCAAGCUGAUGGUGGAAGCACAGGGCAACACCAAACUUCAAACCUUGUCUUGAAGUCAACAUCAAUUCCUAACAACUCAUCAGCCUCAGAUGAGUUCAACCCUGAAGGGACGGUCUCCGGAAUUACCUCAGAAGGUUCCUUAUCAAGAACAUUAUCAGAUGAAACAAUUGAAUAUGAGAACCUGUUAUCAACACUCGAUAUCAGUGGCCAGAAUAUAUCUAGGGCAUCUAAUCUUUCAACAUCGAGUGAUCUCUUAAGAGCUGAUCGCUCUACACCCACCAUUAAUUUGAGGUUGCAGUUACCCCUGUACAAGAUACAGCUUUUGCUUCUCACAAGAAAUCUGAAGGCAGCUAAGCGUGAAGUUAAGCUGGCAAUGAACAUUGCACGUGGCAUAGAUUCUUCUAGGGCUCUACUACUUAAGUCACAGCUUGAAUAUGCCCGUGGGAACUACCCUAAAGCAUUCAAGCUUUUGAGAGCAUCAAAUAGCCAAUCAGAUGUUGGAAGCUCAAUCAUAAUUAACAAUAACACCGGGUGUAUCUACUAUCAACAGGGGAAUUAUCACAUAUCAAGCAUAUUCUUCCAUAAAGCCCUUAGCAAUUGUUCAUCUCUUUGGAAAGAGAAGCCCCGCAAGCUGGUGACAUUUUCCCAAGACAAAUCUUUGCUCGUAGCAUACAAUUGUGGUGUGCAAUACUUGGCCUGUGGGAAACCUGUACUUGCAGCUCGAUGCUUCCUGAAAGCUAGUUUUGUUUUCUACAACAAACCUCUUCUGUGGCUUCGACUUGCAGAAUGCUGUUUAAUGGCACUGGAAAAAGGACCCUUGAAGCAUAGUGAGGAGUCACAGUUGAAGGCCCAAGUUAUUGGGCAAGGAAAAUGGAGACAUCUUGCCUUUGAGAAUGGUUCUUUGAGAAAUGGGAUCGUGAGUUCCGAUGACAAGGAAGAUUUAGGGCUUGACAAUAAUAAUAGCAAGCCAAAACUAUCAAUGACAUUUGCUCGACAGUGUCUUCUUAAUGCUCUUCACUUGCUAGGCAAUUCUGAGUUUAAACAUACCAAGUCUCUUUCGUUGACAAGAUCUUCCUCUGAGGAAAAUGACACUACUGAUGUACCAUCAAAGAACCCGGGCCACAAGAAUUUGGGAAGCAAUGACGUGAAGUCUAAAGACACAGCAGGCUCAGGUCAAGUUAGUGCAAAUGGGGACGCAAGAGAACAGAGAGGCGGAGCUCAUUCUAAUACAGCCGCAGCAAACGCCCUCUCUGAGUAUGAGGAGAUUUGUAGAAGAGAAAACCAGAAGAUCAAGCAGGCUGUUCUUAUUGAUUUGGCUUUUGUUGAGCUUGAAUUAGGAAAUCCACUCAAGGCGCUCACUACAGCUCUGACUCUUCUCAAAAUUCCUGAAUGUUCUAGAAUGUAUGCCUUUUGGGGUCAUAUUUAUGCAGCCGAGGCCCUUUGCUUGCUGAACAGACUGAAAGAAGCUGCUGAGCACCUUUCAACUUAUUUGUCUGGUGGAACACUGGAAUUGCCGUACAGUGAAGAAGAUUGCAGACUGUGGCAGGCAAAGAAAACUCUGGACGCUGAUGAUCCAAACACUGGGCAAACUGCUACUAGGGUCCCUUCAUCGGUAGAGCAACAAGAUAACGUGUUUCUCACUCCCGAGGAAGCUCGAGGAGCACUUUAUGUUAAUUUAGCUUCCAUGCUCGUAUUACAGGGAGAAUUUGAGCAGGCAAGUCGGUAUGCAACACAAGCUUUGGCGAGUCUGCCUAAUAGCCAAGAAGCCGCACUUAUGGCAGUUUAUUUGGAUCUGAAGUUGGCGAAACCUCGUGAAGCUCUUGCCAAAUUGAAACGUUGUUGUCGGGUUAAAUUCUUGCCCUUCACUUCAAGAUCAAAAGCCGAUUCUUGAUCUUUAUUGUUGAUUUUCUUCUCAUUUUGCAUUAGUCGUGUAGUCCAUACCGCAGUGCGCGUUUAUGACAGGUAGGUAACCCAGUCCUUACAAAGUAUUUGUAACAUAAAUAUAGUUCAAUUGAGAGAAUAAAGUUUCUCAUUUUUCCAAUUUUUUUCUUUGUUAAUUUUCUCUUCUAGAUUUUACAUGUAGGGUUGGAGGAAAUGGCCAACAUUUUCGCUUAGGUCAGUGGGAAUGCCUGCCACAAUGUCAUUUAGAGUCCUUUUAGAUGUGAUUUGUAGUUAUUGAAUUGUUGAUGUUUUUAGUGCUCAUCAUUUUUAUGUUAAUUGGGAAAUAGAAAAGGAGCACCUUGGAGCUCUUUCCAUAUAAAUUUAGUCAGAUAUCCUUCCAACU